ACACCUGCAGUCGGACACACAGCUCCUGCCCUGACUGUGUCACAGACAGGGAAGCCGUUUGUCUAAACUGAGAUAAGAAGCAGCGUUGUCGUGAGAGGUUGUCGUUUAGCGGACAGUCACUGGGAGUUGCUCGCUGCAGCAGCAUCACCACCCGGACAGGUUGAAGCUCCAGGUGGCCCCUGCCCAUCUGUCCCCCAGGAGGGAAGCUUGAUCCUCAGCUGCUGGCUGAAGCCAGCACUCUAGCUGUGCACCAUGGAUGAGACAGAUGUGGAACAGGUGACCCUGGCUCUACUAGAUGCAGCCAAUGAUAAAGACUCAGAGGUCCAGGAGCAGGUCAGAAAGUCUAUGUUAACCCUGGGAAAACAGCAGCCAGACCGAGUGCUAGCAAUGUGUCAGGACUACCUCCUGAAACACCCAAAGCUGGUCGUGAGCCACAGAGUUGUGAUUCUUCAGACUAUUGAGCUGAUUGCUGGCUGCAGUAUAGAGGAAAUAAGUUCCCCCAGGAUAAAAAGCAUCAUCUCUCUGGCCUCAGAUGAGAUGACACGAUCAAAGGAGGUCAUCCCUGACUGGCAGCAGGCAGCCAGUAAUAUCUUGGUUGCUGUGGGUAACAAGCACAUCAACGACAUCAUGGAGGAGAUACUAAGCAAGUUUCAGCCAGGAGUCUUACCUCAUUUCUUUGUCGUCCAAACACUAGCCAACCUCUCUGAUUCCAAUGUUUAUGGUAUGGUACCCUUCCUGAAUGCUAUUCUGGGCACCAUGUUACCUAUGCUGAGCAUGGCCAAACAGGACAACGUGAAGUGGGUCUUCUCUUCUGCCCUGUGUCAUUUCAGCGACAGUAUCUUGGAGUACCUGGCCAACCUGGACAAGGCUCCAGAUCCCACAGUCAGGAAAGACACAUUCUCCAGUGAGAUCUAUGCUGCUUUCGACAUCCUCUUCAAUAAUUGGUUACAAAGCAGGGAGUCUAAGUUGAGGCUAACUGUGGCCGAGGCAGUUGGCUCUAUGUGCCAUCUGAUGGCCAGUGAUAAACUGGAGGAGCAAAUUCCUAAACUCAUUCCUGCCAUCCUGUCCCUGUACAAGAAAAACAAUGAGCACUACAUCAUUAGCAAGAGUCUUUGCCAAGUGCUUGAUGCUUCUCUCAACAUGGGCAGCAGGGUGCUGGAGACACAACUCGACAGUCUACUCUUUGUAUUGCAUCAACAGGUGUCUGCGCCAGUUGAUUACAGCAACCCUCCUACUGUCAAAAACCACAACGAGGUCCUGCGCUGUUUCAGUUUGCUCGCAAACUCCUUCCCAGACCGGCUGGUUAUGUUUGUUCUUCAGAAGUUGGAGAACAGUAAUGAGCGGAACAGAAUGGGCUCACUCGCUGUCCUUCGCCACCUCAUCAACUCCACCACUUCAACAAUGGAGAAUAAGAAGCUCCUGAUUCUGGCCAGUAUCAGACAACCAAUGGCUGACCACAGCAACAAGGUGAAGAAGCGUGUGGUCCAGGUGAUCAGUGCGAUGGCUCAUCAUGGUUAUCUGGAGUUAGAAGGAGGGGAGUUACUGGUUCGAUUCAUAGUUCAAAACUGUGCCUUACAUGACACAUACCAGCGUGGUGAGAGGCCCACAGAUCCAGAGGAGGUGACAAAUGAGGCACUAAGGAUGAUGUGUGACAACACCCUUCAUCUCCUGACCACCACUGUUGGACGACUAGCAGAUGUGCUGUGGCCCAAGCUGCUGUACUAUCUGACCCCUCCACAAUACAGCAAUGCCACCACUCCUCUGUGCAAGAGUCUGAUAGUGCUGGGCAACAAGAAGAAAAAUAACCAGGAGCCCAGCUUUAACAUAGACUUUAAACAGGAAGUCAAUCUGCCCUCUCCUCAAACACUAAUGAUCAGACUGCUGGUGAAUUCAGCAUUCCCGUUCAAUAGCAGAGGUCACGGAGCUCCGUCACUCUCUCUCCUGCAAAUCCUCAGUAUCAACAUUCACCCCAAAACAGAGAAUCUCUGGGAGAAAGAGAUACCUCCUCUGCUGUCUAUACUAGAGGAGUCAACGGUGCAGACGCUACAUAAGAAGCACUGGGAUGAGAAGCUGCUGAAGCUCUUGUCUAAAACCCUGGCCUCUAUUGAUGAUGACAAGUGGGUGUGUCAGUUGGCAGCCGAGGCAACAAGAUAUCUCUCCACGUAUAACAAUGCCUUAGAGGAGAAGAGUUUCCUGUAUCAGUGUUUAGGAGUGACUCUCCAGCAGUGUUUCAAUAAGGAGCUGGUUAAAAAACAACUGCAGGAAAUCCUCCUCACAGCACGACACAAUGACGCUGUUGAAAGAGAGGGAGUUGCAAUGGGCAUCGGUCUCUGCGCAAACAGCCACCUGGAGGGAACUCUGGCUAAACUGGAUGAAUUUGGAAAAUCAGACGCCUUCAAGAAGUCACCAAGCAUUUUCAACCUGCUCAAAGAGCGUAAUGAUGUUGAAGUGGAGAAGGUGAAAAGCACAUUAAUCCUGUGUUAUGGUCAAGUGGCUCUGAAUGCACCUCCAGAAAAGAUACUAAACCGCAUUGAUCAAGACAUCCUUCGCUGCAUCAGUAAACACUUCAAUACCAAGGUUCUGGGGAUAAAAGUAGAGACAAAGGACCUGACUAUGAAACUGAGUUUGAUCCAGAGUGUUGGCCUCAUAGCCAAAGCCAUCAGUGAAUGUGUGAAGAAACAAGGCUACAUCUUCUCUCGCAAACAGGAGCUCAUUACUGUUAUGCUGGAUUUUAUCAAGGCAGAGCCAGCUGAUUCAUUGAGGACUCCAGUACGCCACCUUGUGAUGGCCACCUGUGCCAACCUAAUGCCUCUUGACCCUGCACUGAGUGAGAAUGAGAGCUUUGACUUACUAAAGGUGUGUGUGAACAGUGUGUUUUCUCUGCCACCUGACACACACACUCCAGAGAAAAUCAAGGAAGAGGAGAUACUGGACCCCAAGCAAAGAAAGGCGUUGUACAAAGACACAUUGGCUGCACUGCAGGAGCUGCUGAAGAGCGUACUGGCCAAGGAUCCCACACCUGAUGGCCUGCAGGGCGUCUUCAAGCACAUUGAAUCAUGGUUGAGCUCUGGACAGGACCACGAGAGAGAGAGAGCUGUGACAGCUACUGCUCACAUACUGGCUUUCUACCUGGAUAACCUGACUGUAAAGAACAUGGUGUCCUUCCACAAUCUUGGAGCUCUGCUGGGUCGACUGUCUCCACGCUGUUCUGACCCUCAACCGGUGGUACGCGCUGCUGCUAUGGACUGUAUAUACACACUGCUUUAUAUACAGCUACGAUAUGAAGGUUUUGCGCUAGAUUAUAAGGAUGAUGCUGUGGACAGUCUGUUGUCCCUUAAAGACAGACUAGAAAACCCUGAUCAUUCAGUUCUCUACAAGACCUGCUCUGACAUCACCAAGGUGAUGAGUAAACGUCUGCCUCAGCAGCAGCUGACGACGUUGGUGUUCAUGUUGUUUGAAGGGCUGGUCGACAGUCAGACAAACUGCUGCAGAGCUUCAUCGGUUAUCCUAAAUACCCUGCUGAAGAACAGAGGAGGUGGCCUGCAAGAGCUGGUACCAGAGAUGCUGGAGGUGCUCCAUGUGCGUCUGCAGAGCAUCACAGAGGAGCAGGUGAGAGUGGCAGUAGGACAGACAGUACUAAUCCUGGCUUCACAGCAUCUACAGAUUGUUAUUAAUACACUAGUUAACCAACCACUUCCAUAUGACAGCUGGACCAGUGAGAUGUGGAUGGCCUUGGGGGCAGAUCCCAUUGUAGCCAAUCAGAUCAUGGAGAUGGUGAUGGAGAAGCUUGUCAUCAUGGCACCCUACGUAGACAAGAAGGAGUCCAUGAUAAGAGGAGGGAUGACAAAGGUGGCCACAAAUCAGCCACUGGCUAUGACAUGCGGCCUCAAAGAGCUGUUAUUAAAUGGCCAGAGUCAGGAGCCGGCAGUCAGUCUGUUUCCUCAGCUCUUCUCCUGUCUCACUGUCAGACUUGGAGCAAGUGUCGGAGUCUCAGCACCGAAAGACAACAGCACCAAACACACUGCCUCUGUCCAUGUAGCAGGGGUAGCAGCGGAUGCACUGAGAAUCUUGUUAGCACGAGCCCAGUUAGAUGAGGUAAUGAAAAGACUGGAUGAGGACAAUGCCUGGGACGCAAUGAAGGAACUGAAUACACACAUUCUUGGAGUUACACUACUAGCAAGGGCGAUGGCUAAACAUGCUGGUCCCAGGUUACCGGCCAUCGUUGAGUGUCUGUGUCCGUCCCUAAACAACAUCUAUGAAUGCCAGAGAAUCACCGUCACUGCUUUCUUCUCUGAGCUGUUAAACCAUCAUGUGGUUACGGAGUUGAUGUUGAUAGACGUGUUAAUGAACAACAUGAUGGAGAGGAUAUCGGAUCCCUGUUGCACCGUCCGCAUGUUGGCUGUUCGAGGACUGGGCAAUAUCGCUGUGGGAUCACCUGAAAAGGUGAAUAAAUAUGCCAAGGAGCUGCUGGCAGCCAUGAGCUCAGGCAUGGAAGAGAAAGAUGAUCCAGGUAAGCUGAUUACUCUUGAGGCCAUGUCUGGUCUCUCUAAAGUUCUCCUGCACCUGGACAAAAAGAAUGUCCACUUACUGGUGGUUUACAUCUUCAUGAAGAUUAAACCAUUCCUGGAAAGUGAGAAUGAUGAGAUCCGUUGUGCUUCCAUCCACCUAAUGGGAAACCUGUCCAAGUUUGGCUCAGGAGAGCCAGUGUUCAAAGACCAGAUCCACAAUGUUCUGGUCAGCUUGCUGUUACACCUGGUUGACCCAAACCCACAGGUGGUCAAGGCGUGUAAAUAUGCCAUGCGUGUGUGUGCUCCUGUGGUGGGAUCAGAGCAGAUCACAACCAUGUUUCAGAACCACCUCCACGAUGACAAGAGCUUGCACUAUGGAGAAUUCAUCAAUGACCUCACCAAGUACCUGAUCCAGGACUUUCCAGGCAUGCUGAACUUCUAUCACAUAUCAGUCAUCCAGUUCUUCAAGAGCAACUGGCCUGAGGUCAGAGCAGGAGCUGCCAUGUUUAUCGGGUUUCUGCUUGGCAAUCUUCCAGAGGAGCAUCUCUCCCACCUCAAUAUGGGCACCAUCACUAAAGGUUUAGUGAUGCUGCUCCAAGAUCCAGAUCCAGUGGUGAGAGUGAAGGCGGCUGAGGCCAUGGGACACUUCCACUGACACACACACACGCACGCACGCACGCACGCACGCACACACACACACACACACACACACACACACACACACACACACACACACACACACACAAGGACACAGGCACAGACAUACAUACAAAUAUCAGUGUUUCCUUUAGUCACAAGUGGUAAGUCACCACUACAUAAAUGCAUAAUAAUAUAAAGUAUAUUUUUAUGAUUUGGCCCCAUGUAUACAAAAACAUGCAGAUCCCACUAUUUAAAUGUGCAGCCUUUAUAAAAUUAUAUUAUAAUAAUGCAACUGUAACAUUCAUUAAAACCAAAGCAGGGACCAAAACAGGAACAAGUGUGGAGCCCGAAGCCAGAAUGUCACAUGUACCAAUGUUAUGAAAUCAUACAAAUGAACACUGAUAAUACACAUUCAUACGCACACAUGCAAACAUAUUUAUCCGUUAGCAGCUUUGAUUGGCUUCUUUUGACACUUGAUUAUGGUACUUGAAAGGAAGUGUUAAUUCUUAUCUAUAUUUUAGUGACCAAAGACUGUGUUGCUCUUUACAGAUGAUUGACAUUGUCUGUAGCAUUUAGUGUUCAGUCAGCGUGACAAUACCAGAGAUAUACUGUGUUUCAUUUAUGAGAUAUAUAAUACUUCAAGAAGUUUCAAAUGCAGAGUAUAAAACAUUGAACUUGAGUUAUACAUUUUUUAGAAUAAGUAUAGUUUCUUCAUAUAUUAUGUGCACAGUAAAACACAUUUAAAGUCCAUGACAGAAGCGUUUCACAUGACUCUGCCAGGUAGCUAGAGUGUGUGUGUAGUCAUACCAGAAGUUUGCGGUAGUGUUACUGGAUGUUAGUUUUAGUUUUAGGUGCUCUCUGCUUGAGAAUUAAUUUUAUUGUCCCAAAGCCCCUCUCUCUGAUCAACCAGGUAUCUUCAGUUUGCUCUGAUCUUUCUCCCUGCCCUCCACCAAGAUCCAAUUAAACAUGUUAGAUCAGUUAAGACGUGUGGUACCACCAGUAGGUGUUAAAAAAAUUAGGUGAUGUCUAUAAUAAAAAAUAAUAACUAAAAUGAUACAUGCACAAGAACUACAGCAGAACUUAAAUAUGGUUUAUAGUUGUGGGUGAGGCGGUAAUUAAAAGAAAACAGGAUGGUUACAUACUCAUGGCUGUGUUCAGUAGUCCAGAUCAUCCAGCCAGCUUUGUCAAAUCAGCGAAGUUAUCCAGCAAUAACCAGCCAAUAACCAGUUAGUGACUAUCCCUAACAGCUACUGCUGCUGUAGGAGCGAUAGCUAACAUGAUGACCGGCUGGUUCAGACCAGGUUAAACAAAGUCAUCGAUAACUUAAACGUAUCUAACCUCCAUUUCUACGCCAUAAUGAAGCUGUUUGUAAAUCACUGCCACCACUACAACUGAAUGGCCACAACAUGAUCAUCUGUGUAGUACACUUCACACAUCCUUUUAUCACAAUAUGUUUAAUCUGCACACACUUCAUGAAUCAGUUUCACUUUAUGAGGGAGUCCAGCCGGGCUCCGUAGAAACAUUAAUUAUCACAAGAACAUUGCCAAACUUUCUGUGUUGUUCAGCGGCCAUUGAUGUACAGACAGUUUGUGACAGUGCAGAAUUAGUCAUUUCAAUGCAGCAACUUUUUUCUUUUUAUCCAUCCGUUACAUUGACAUCAACUCAUGAAGCAGCUAGUUCCAGCCAGUCAGACCUGUACUUACCAGUGUUGCUUGGUAGAACAGACCUGUGUUGCCAUGCUGAAACAGUUUGUGCCAAAUGUCCGUUUAUAUCAUAUAUUAUAAGAGCACUAUAGAGAUGUUGUUAAUGUUUUUCCUCGCUCUCAUUUUGAAUGCACUUAUUGUUGUUUCAGUGUCUGUCAUUAUUCCAUGGAAUGGUUGAAUUUGUACAAUUUUAGGGGUACAGUUGUGGGUUUGCAGGCUCCUUAAUGUGAUGCCACUAUACAUGUGAGUGUUGUAUUAUGUCAGGAUGUCUGUACGUCUAACUCUUAUAACUCCAAAUUAAUUAAUUCACUCAAUGGCCAACAGAGAAGGAUGCAAACUGAUCCAUUACAUGUCCCAAUCUGAAGUCAUUUGAUGACAAAAAAUGUCAAUAGAUAGUUGAGUGAAAGCAAUACAUUAAUACAUUUUUGUAUUUGUAACACAUUUAAAGUAUGAUUAUGUGUAUGUCUACCUUCAAUAUUUCUGUUGCACUUUUGAGCUCUGUCAUGUAGUCCCUGAUUUAAGAACUGACAGGCAAACUUAAACUAAGCUUGUUUUUUUUCCCUUGGAUAAUUGAGAAAAACGAGGUUCCAACAGUUGCUUUUUAAUUUGAAAUGUAACAGGGAGGCAGAUGUUAUUUGUGGGUAAACAAAGGCUAAUAAAUAUCACAUUUACCCUGUAAAUGUAAUUGGUCUAAUAGAAAAGGUUACUCCUGCAUCUGCAUUUGUGCGGCUUAGUUGUUCUCCAAACAGGGACUCAUGGCUUCUAGCACUUUCUAACACUAUGGCUUAGUUUAGGGUGAAUGGUGAAGAGGAAUUAGCAGUGUUCUCAGAUUUAAACACUGUUAUAAACUUUAUACAACUGAUAUGGUUUUUCAUGUCAUCCUCCUGUUUUUUAACAUGUUGAAUGUUGUGAACGUAUGUCUUCAGUAUGUGUGACACAUCGAGGUACAGCUACUUCAAAUGGUUCAUGUUUGAAUGUGUUAAAGUGUGAACGUGUGCAUGUCACUUUUUCAUGUUACUGGACCAGAAGAGAGAGUGGAUGAAGGCAAUCUAUGUAUUUAAAAUAAAGGAAUAAACAGAUCCAUUCAAACAUAA